UGGCGAUUGGCUGGCCAAAUUUCAAGCUCCCGUUCGCAUCGACGACCCAAGCCGAGCUGCGUCUGCCAAUUCUUCCCUCCCGGACUGAUUGAUUGCGAACGGGACUCAAAGUCGAUGGAAUGAGUUGAGAGUUUCGACCCACCAUCGAUUUAUUAGGAAUCCAACCAAGGACAUUCUCGCCAUGCUGGAGAAUCUUUGCACGCUCCCGCUCUCGGCGGACCUCUUUACCCAGGUGUUGCACCCCUCUGAGCCACUUCUUACCGUCGGCCUGUCCAGCGGUCGUGUCGAGAGCUUCCGGUUGCCAAGCGACGAGGACGAUGGGACCAGCAGCUCGAAUAGCGGCAAGGGCCUGAUUAAGAGCGUGUGGAGCACCCAUCGGCAUAAGGGAAGCUGCCGGUACUUGGCUUAUAGCCAUGACGGACAAGCUCUCUACUCGGCCGGAACCGACUCGGUCGUCAAGCACUUCUCCCCCGAAACCGGCAUCGUCAUCUCCAAGAUCGGCCUGCCUCCCCGCAACAGCGCCACCAACACGACCGACUGCCCGGCCAUUCUCCACGUCCUCUCCCCCAAGACCCUCCUCCUCGGCACCGACUCGGGCGGCCUCUACAUCUUCGACCUUCGCGAGAACGGGAGCCUGAACCCGAAGCCGGUGCGCAAGCACGUGCCGCACGCCGACUACAUCUCGAGCAUAACGCCGCUGCCCCCCUCGGCCGAGAGCACGUCCGGGUUCCCAAAACAGUGGGUGUCGACGGGAGGCACCACCCUCGCCGUCACGGAUCUCAGGGCCGGCAUUGUGGCCACGUCGGAGGACCAGGAGGACGAACUGCUCUGCUCCACCAUCAUCCCCACGGGUCUCGGGCCCAAGCGCAUGCGCGACAACGCCGUCGUGGCUGUCGGCACGGGCGGUGGCGUCUUGACGCUCUGGGACCGCGGUGCCUGGGACGACCAGCAGGAGCGCAUCUACGUCGCGGGCGGGAAGAGCAAGAAGGACGGUGACAGCCUGGACGCCAUUGUGCGUGUGCCCGACGAGCUCGGCUGGGGGAAAAAGGUAGUUGUUGGCGUGGGUGACGGCAGCAUGGCCAUCGUCGACCUGAAGCAGCGCGAAGUGCAGGCCGUGCUGAAGCACGAUGAAAUCGAGGGCGUCGCUGCCUUGACCUUUGACUACCAGAACCGCCUCAUCAGCGGCGGGGGCAGGACGGUCAAGGUCUGGGCAGAAUCGGGCAUUCAGGGUAACGAGGACGAGGAGGGGGAGGAGCACGAAGCCACCGCGAUCAAGCGGUCCGCGGAUAGUGACGAUGAUUCGGAAGGGGACGACAGCGACAGCGAUAACGAGCGUCCCAAGAAACAAUCCAAGAAAAAGCGGAAGAAGGGUAAGGGUGCCCAAGGGAAGACCGUAGCCUUCCCGGGCUUGGAUUAAGUUGUCGUCUGUGUGCCCGGUGCGACGCCAUUGCAUUUACUGUGUACACGGCUUGCCGGUGCCGCGCGACUCCAACUCGCCCGGGCUGCAGAGUGCAACCACACAUGUCUCAGCAUAACUCACUCUAUUGACCUGGAUGCCCCGGGCCCAAGAGGAUCCGCCCCAGAGUCUCGAUUGGAAGCAGUCUGGUUCAACUGCAAAGUGGCUUGUCGACGAACCUGCGACUGCCACUGACCGACCGUAGGAUGAACUGUUGUAUGCUUCUUCGUAUGUCUGCGGUCAAGCCCACGCUGGUGCCUGCAGCAAUCUCGUAAUCAGUGUUUUGAGGAUGCUGCAAAAGCGGCUGAUUGAGCACGGUGAUGGAUGGAUUGUCAAUCCAGGCAACCUUGACAACCGCUACCGAUUCGGAGCGAUAGUUAGGUUCUGUCUAGUACUUGCGUAAUGGCCCAAGGUGCCUCCCUUGACUACUUGAAUAGGAAGUCACGUUAUUUGGGUAUU